UUUGUACUUCCGGUUCACAGGCAGGGCGAGAGAAAUAAAAAUGGCGGCCACUGUGAAGAGCGGUCAGGGAAUGCUGCGAGUGUGCUGGAGACUCAGCUCUCAUUUACAGCCUGUUCUUACACAACAAACACGACGUACAGUUCCUCACAUCACACGCUGUCAGAGGGAGAAGAGCACUGCUGUUCCCAAGAGUUACGUUCCCGAGACGUCGCUGUCCAGACCCCCGUGGCCUGAAUUACCUCCAUAUGACAAAGAGACAGAAGAACAGAAGCAUCGAGCGGUUGUAGAGAAGGUGAACGGUCUGCUGGAGAAGCGAGACUACGGCCGUCUGUUUGCCGUCGUUCACUUCGCCAGCCGUCAGUGGAAGGUGACCAGUGAAGAUCUGAUCCAGAUUGAGAACCACAUCGAGGCAGAGUGUGGAGAUCGUAUCCUGCUGGAGAAGGUGCUGCUGGUGGGAGGAGACAAUUUCACACUCAUCGGGAAACCUCUUCUCAGGCGUGAUCUCGUCCGAGUCGAGGCCACCGUCAUCGAGAAGACCGAGUCCUGGCCGAUGGUGCACAUGGUGUUCUGGAAGAGACACAGGUUCCAGAAAAAGAGAACUAUUGUGCAGCCGCAGACGGUGCUUCGGAUCAACGCCAUCGAGGUGUCGCCCACACUCGUCUGACCCGGCUUUGUCCUCCUAAUUAUAUUUCAUCUGUGUUCAUCGUAUCUUUGAGUGUAAUGAAGCUUGAAAGUUUGUCAUUCGUUUGUUACAACUGUCAUUUAAUUUAAUAAAAGUCCCCCCGUGGGGAAAAUGUGCUGCCUCUGUCA